AUGGCGGACAGCACAGGCAAUAUGCUGAAGCGGGCUCACCCGGAGGAUGAUGGCAACAACUCUCAGAAAAGGACCCGUUCAAAUGAUGGAUCGCCAUUGCCAGCUCAAGGAGGAGCUGCUUCCGGAAAGUUCGAUAUCGAGAAGAUGGUAGCUGAAGCGAGAGCUAAGGCAGAAGCUGUGCGCGCCCGCUUGCAAGCCGCGCGUGGCGGCGCGACUCCCACCGUUCCCUCGACAGAGGCAAGUCCUAGCCCAACACCACCGGCCCCGAGUGCCGCGAUGUCCCGAUUGGAACAAAUGAAGGCCAGGGUAGCAGCAGCCACCGGUAGAGCCAAUGCACCGCCGCAACGACCGAGUGCUCCCGCUCCAUCCCAGCAACCUUCGGCGUUUGACGACGACAGUCUAUCUAAGGCUCGCGGAGGUCUCGACGUUGGCCUUCAUCCCGCGCUGCUUUCCGAUGCUACGCCAGAUUUCCGCGGUGGAAAGGGCCGCCAGCAGUACAAGUCAGGGAACCGUCGGAUGGACAUGUCCAACAAAGAGCGACUUGAUUUGUCCGGGCCGUCAAUCGAAGAGAUCAAAAAUAAUCCCUAUUUUGACCCUAGUCUCGGUCCGAAGGCAACUGUUGCGAAGCCUCGUCAUUCUCGAGAACUCGUUUUCAACCAGAAGGGCAAAUAUAUCCAGCAAGCGGCGGCUCUGCGUCGUCAAGCGCAGUUGGAGGCUAUGAAGAAGCGGAUCGCCGAGCGAGCGCGCCAAGCCGGUAUUGACGAGGAUAUUGAUGUGGAAAAGGCGUAUCUUGUACCUGCUCCUCCAGCAUUGGAGUGGUGGGACGAGGGUCUCGUGAACGGUGAUGCGUAUACCGCCAUUGAGGACCAGGCAAACCUGAAGAUUGAUACCCCCGAUACUAUCAUCACUCGCUAUAUUCAACACCCCGUGCUCCUCGACCCACCGCAGGAAAAGCAUCAGCCAACUCAGAAGCCUAUGUUCUUGACGCCGAAGGAACAGGCGAAGAUUCGUCGCCAGCGCCGCAUGGCAGAUCUGAAGGAGCAGCAGGCCAAAAUCAGACUGGGUCUGGAACAGGCGCCGCCUCCAAAGGUCAAGAAGUCCAACCUUAUGCGGGUUUUGGGCGAACAAGCUGUCAAAGAUCCAACGGCUGUGGAGGCUCGUGUGACCCGGGAGAUUGCGGACCGCAAAGAGGCACAUGAGGCCAUGAACGACGAUCGCAAGCUGACCAAGGAGCAACGGCGCGAGAAGCUGGCCGCACAGCAGGAGAAAGAUGCCGAACUUGGUAUUCACAUGUCUGUCUACCGAAUCGACAGUCUGGCGAGUGGCCGGAAUCGUUUCAAGAUCAGCAAGAACGCCGAGCAGAAUGCGUUGACAGGAAUAUGUGUCAUCCAUCCAAAGCUUAACCUUGUGAUUGUCGAGGGUGGUAAACACUCCAUCAAAAAUUACCGCAAGCUGAUGCUCAACCGGAUCGACUGGACUGAAAAUCCUGGCCCGGGCGCACCCAAUGAAAAAAACGAAGGUGAACCCCUGUGGCUGGCUACCGAAGACGAGAAGGGCGAACUACGGGACUUUAGUCAUAACACAUGCACUCUUCUUUGGGAGGGACAAGCCAAGAACCGCGCAUUUAGAAGAUGGCUUGGUGCCAGAGUCUGCGAAACUGACUCCGCUGCUAAGGAAACUCUGUCCCGAUCUAAGAUGGAGAAUUUUUGGACUCUGGCUAAGAGCGCGAAGCCGGCCGAGUUCUGA